AGAAGCGGGCCAUGCUGGCAGCGAGAGAAGCAGCUGCCCUCUACCAGACCGACUUCGUGCGGAACGCCAGGGCGGUGGGUGCCCUCUGGGCCGGCUGCACCCUCUGCUUCGGCAUCCUGGAGGUCGUGGUGCUGAUCCAGCCGGCGUGGGUGCAGACCGGGCCGCUCACCUACCAGCUGCCCCCCUCGGGGGUCCUCUCCGACCCCAGCGUCAGCGCCGUGGGGUCCUUCGGCCUCUACCAGGUCUGCGUGGAGCGGGACGGCACCCUGAAGUGCGAGGGAUCCCUGGUCACCCUGACACCCAUCCCGUCCUUCAAGGCGGCUUCCGUCUUCGUCCUGAUGGCCUUGGUUCUGGUGUUGGGCAGCGUGGCUUCCCUGGGUCUCUUCUGGGCCUGCAGCCCAGGGACCGUCUACAAGGUCUGUGCCUGGCAACAACUCUCUGCAGCUACGUGCCAGGCCCUGGGCUGCCUGGUUUUCCCCGACGGCUGGGGGGCCCCCGAGGUGAGGGGUCUUUGCGGGCCGCAGGCCAGGAGCUACGCCCUUGGCACCUGCACCAUCCACUGGGCCUUCACCCUCGCCCUGCUGGGCAUCGCUGACGCUCUGGUGCUGGCGACGCUCGCUUUCGUGCUGGGGAACCGGCAGGACGCUUUGCUGCCGGCAGGCUAUGCGCCACCCCCGGGAGGGGGGAGAGGUGUCUCCUUGGCCUUGACGCCAGACUGA